UCAGAUGGGCUUAAUAUAAACCAGGUUUGCUGAGAAAGAAUUAGAGAGGCAGCCCCUGAACAGAAGAAGGAUUUUCGGUGGGAGACUGGAUUGGUGUUCAAUACUCUCUGAGAACUAGGGAGUGAGAUUAACGGAGUCGACUCUGGUUGGAACAGACAGUAAAAACACCAACAAGGGGAGGAAAAAGCCAUGACUCUGAACAAUGUUACAAUGCGUCGCACCAGCAACACUUUGCAAUCGCAGCAGCAGCGCUGGAGCAUCCCAGCAGAUGGAAGGCACCUGGUGGUCUAGAAAGACCCCUAUGAGUGCAAUCGGCAUAAAAGGUACACCAUCAACCCCGAAGAGUAUUACCGAAGAAGCUGGUCCUCAGAGUCUUCUGAUUCUGUCAUCUCCUCUGAGUCAGGAAAUAGCUGCUAUCGAGUGGUACUCAUAGGACAGCAAGGAGUUGGCAAAACAACCAUCGCCAACAUCUUUGCCGGGGUGCAUGACAGCAUGGACAGUGACUGUGAAGUGCUUGGAGAAGAUACCUAUGAACGAACCUUGCUGGUAGAUGGUGAAAGUGCAACAAUCAUACUUAUUGACAUGUGGGAUAACAAGGGUGAAAAUGGAUGGCUCCAAGAUCACUGCAUGCAAGUUGGGGAUGCAUAUUUGAUUGUCUAUUCCAUCACGGACCGUGCAAGCUUUGAGAGGGCAUCUGAGCUCAGAAUACAGCUCCGCAGGGCACGCCAGACAGAAGACAUUCCCAUUAUUUUAGUGGGCAACAAAAGUGAUCUAGUUAGGUGCCGAGAAGUCUCUGUUUCAGAGGGCAGAGCCUGUGCAGUUGUGUUUGACUGUAAGUUCAUUGAGACCUCGGCGGCUGUCCAGCACAAUGUGAAAGAGAUGUUUGAAGGCAUAGUGCGUCAAGUACGGCUAAGGAGAGACAGCAAAGAGAAGAACGAAAAGAGGCUGGCAUAUCAGAAGCGGAGAGAGAGCAUCCCUAAGAAAGCCAGGCGAUUCUGGGGAAAAAUUGUAGCCAAGAAAAACAAGAACAUGGCCUUCAAACUUAAGUCCAAGUCCUGCCACGAUCUAUCUGUCCUUUAGGAACAGUGGUCCAUCCCAAGCAUUCUCUUUCAUUGACAUUAUUCAACUGCCGUUUGAACAGUAAAUCAAUCUAUAUUAGAUUGGGCAGCAGGAAAUGCAAGUCUGACUUGGAUUCACAGUUGUGAUUAUUGUGAUGAAUUGUGUCAGCAAUAAGGUCAGCCUAAUGCAUACAUGGAUGAAGAAAUGUCAUUUAUACUUUCUGUUUUGUAUUUUAAGUGUGUGAAUGUGUUUGGGCAAGUGGGUGGAGGGAGAACAUUUGUCUUAUAAACAAGAACAUUCCAAACUUACAAUGAGAUAUGUCCAAGAAAACACAGUUUUUCUUGUUGCCUUUUGGAUAAUGGCGUGAGAAUUGGAAAGCACCAUUUAGAAAACAGAUGACAUCUUUUCAUUAUUAUUUCUUCUUAAUUCUUUAAGCCAAUGAAAAGGAGGCACUAACAAGAUAUGCCUUCUCCCUAAUCAAAGUGUUGACUUUAUGUGCCCACAGCUGAAAAUCUUUGCUGAUGUGAUAUCUCUUAUCCCGGUGGCUAGAAAGAUAUCAACAGCAGUCAGAUAACUAGAUAUUUGUAUAAAUGGGAGCAUUAUUUACAGAGGGUUUGCACUGCCAUGGAACAAUAUGAAAGAUGAAUGUGAAUUUCACUAAAUGAGAAGAUUUGGAUACCUGAGGAUAGAAUAUUGGAGGUUUUAACUGCUAGUGGCUGCAAUCCUAUGCCUGCUUAAUAAGUCCCAUUGAAUUCAGUGGGCCUUACUUCUGAGUAGGCAUGUACAGGAUUGCACUGUAACUAUAGAGUAAGCACUAAAGCCUUUCCUUGUUGCAUUUAGAGCCAUUCAGUUAUCUGGAAAACAUAGUUAUAGGAGAAACCUGUAAUACGACUUUCUCUUGUGUUGUACCACAAAAUUGUUUAUAAUGAUGGAAGAAGUAGGAAAUAUGAGACAUAAAAUGAAGUGCAAGAUGCCAAUUUUUUUGGGGGGGGGAAAUCCCACAACCCUCCUUUUCUAAGAAACCAGAUUUUGUGCUGAAAUCUUGUAUUUGUAUUAUGCCAUAAGAAUUUGUAUUUAUUAUCUUUCAAUUAUUAAUUGUAUUUUUAAUAGGUGAAAUGUAGGUGUGGGAAGGAUGGGGAAGACAUAGUGUUGAAAUAUAUUUAUUAAGUGAUUUCUUAAGAAAAUGUUGAUUUUAUUACUGUUUUCUAUAUGAUAUCUUUUGGAUUAAACAACAUUUUAUUUACAUACCUUGUAAUAAACCAAUAAAAGGUUUCACUGCCUU